AUGUCAGUCCCAGCACCGCAUCCACCUGGAAAUGAAAAUAGUCCAGCGUAAGUCCAGUUUUUUCCAAGUUCCACAAAAAAAAAACAUUUUUCAGACCAAAUGGUUAUGGCGGUCUGAUGCCAAAAGAUUGUCCACCACAAGUUUAUCCUCCAAGUAUUGAGAGUUUAAUGGCAAAAACAAAAGGAAGUCGAACUUGUUCUUUAAUUGGUGUAAUUGCAUCAUCUUUGCUUUUUCUGAUCGUUGGCUCACUUUCAAUUUUAUCUCGAACAUCAACUACAAUCGCAAUAUUAUCACCACCAUGA